UCAAGCCUGGAUCGAUGCGUCAAUGCCCUGGGGGCAAGUCCGCCAAGCACGCGGCAAGCGCGCCAGCCGUGGUGCCUCUUCACGACGGGAGGACGAGGACGAGACGGCGCAGCAGCGCCAGGCAGAGGGGAGGACCAGGGGAAGGGCAAGGGAAGAGGAGCAGCAGCAGGAGCAGAGGACGCGGGAAGAUGAGCAGCAGGAGGGCGAGGACGACGACAACGCCGAGAGGGCGAAGGACCGUGUUCCGGGCCCUCCUGCGAGCACCGCCCACCCCGCACCGACGAGAGCGCGGCGAAAAGGUGUGCGCCUCAGCGCCCCCCUCCCCGCGGGCGCCCGCGGGCGCCGCGGGGGUGGAAGCGCCGCGCGUGCCCCGCACGCUGCGCUCGGCGGCGCGCGCGGACAGGGGCAGCGGGGAGGGGGGACAGGACAGCCAUGCCUAUGCAAACAGUGCGAAGCCCGCACCAUCAAAGAGAGCCGCCCAGCCUUCUGGCAGGGCCGCCCCUUGUGGCCCUGCUGCCCUGCUUCCCUCCGAGUCGCCGCGGGUGCACGCACUCCCGAGCUCAACUGCGGGAGAGGAGAACCGCAGAUGAGGGCGAAAAAUGGCGGUUCGAGGGGCACCGCGAAACAAACAGGAAUUCGCCAAAUAUGCUGCCGAGUACACCCCUC